CGUCGAUGUUUGCUGCUCGCCACUCUAGCCAUAGCUGCUACCCCUAUCAUUGCUCAUGAACACCACGGUGAACUCACGGAGGAGGAAAUGAAUGCUCCGGUCGACGCUAUCCUCUGGAUUCAUAUGGCACUCCAAUGUGCUGUGUGGGGUAUCCUUUUCCCCAUUGGUAUGGUGUUAGGAAUAACGAGGAGUCGAUGGCAUGUUCCGUUACAGAGUGCCGGGUUUGCGCUGACGACUGCAGGCUAUCUAUUGGGUCAUUCGCAUAAAGGCCGAAUGUUCCCUGAAUCCGUACAUGGCUCGUUUGCAAAGUUCCUGUAUCUCCCGAUUGCAGCGCAGCUUUGUCUCGGAAUCUACCUGAAACUGCACAUUCAUGAACGGACGAUCCGUCCGUGGGCUGUCCGAGCUCAUGGAAUCCUCGGGAAAGCUUAUCCUGUUCUCGGGUGGACGCAAAUGCUGUUCGGUGCCAUUACUUUCCGAGGUUACUGUAGGGGUGGUAAUCUGGGCCAGUGUUUAGCCCAUUACAUCAUGGGAAGCGGAUUCAUCGCGUAUGGAAUUAUCAUGGCCAUACUUUUAAUUGCCGGAGAAGCUUGGAUUAAGCGGACUGGCAGGAGUCCAGAAUGGUGGGAUUCGUGGGUGAUCAUGCUUUGGGGAAUCGUAAAUACAUUCACCGAGCAUCGUGGUUCUCACUGGUCGCACAAGGACAUGCAACACACAGUACUUGGUGUUUUAUGGUGGGCUGGAGGAGCUCUCGGUAUCUGGCUAUCUAGAAAUAACCAAAGGAGCGUAGUUCCCUCAAUAAUCAUCAUCCUAACAGGAUGGGCGAUGUCCGAACACGCCCAAGCUCUAAUGCUAUCGACAAAAGUUCACUCGGCAUUUGGCGCCGUGCUCAUGCUCGCUGGUUUAACUCGAAUAAUCGAAGUCUGUUUUGUGGCUCCGAGAUACGAGAAGGAUGUACCGCUAUCUUCGGAUAGCGAUCGACAGAGCGAUCGAACACUUGGACCUGGUGCACCUGAGCAGCCGCGACUUUCGAUCGCACAUGCGUUUCGUCAUUUGCCUCCUUUCCUUCUUAUUGUUGCAGGGUUACUCUUCAUGUCUGCUACGGACGAGGAAAUCCGCUUUGUAGCCGACAACGAGAUGGACCACGUCACUUACGUUCUCAUUAUGAUCAGUCUAGCAUUCACGAUAUACACCUUCGUCCUCUUCCUAAUCCACAUGUGGGGCACCACAGGUCGUCACGCCGUCUCAUCCGGAACCUCUGGACAAGGAGGAACCGCCUCUUCAUCAGAUGGAGGGGAAAUUGAGUUGGAUAAAUGGUAUCAACGAGUACCAGCCGCUGAAGCGGAUGCAGAGCCUAUCUCACCGCAGUUCGUUAUUGGGGAACAUGAGCAUGAUAGAGAUUGAAUGAAUGAGACGACUUAUGACUGGAUAAAAUAUUGGAUGAAGGAUCGCUGUGAUAAAAGGUUGUACAUUCCCUGGUUUACGUUUCUUAGUUUAAUUAUUCUUGUUUUCGUUUUUCAGCCUUUCGUCCACUCUCCACCUACAUUUUGGUUUGUCCACACGUAAUCACUUCAAUUGUUGUCUUUGUUUCUACUGUUGUUACACAAGCAUGUAUCACAUCACAAUUUUCACAACUACAAUAUUCUUCUCAUCUUCUCACAC